CGGCUGGGCCGAGGUCGCGGGGGGAGGCGGACACGACUUCGCUGGGCACUCUGAGGACGGUCCCUUCCCCUCACCGAGGAGUUGGCGGCUGCUGCUUUGCUCCAGGACCCAGGUUCAGAGAUGGGCAGUGAAAAGGAGCAGAGUCCAGAACCACACCUGCCUGAGGAAGGGGAAGCGGGUAAGCCUUGGAGAGUGGAUGGCUCAGAGGGUUCUCACAUCCCAUCUGGGGAAAAGGAUCUUGGGCAGGAGAACCCACUGAUGAGGCCACAAGGAACACAGUCAGAAGAGCCAUGGCAGAAAAUUAUUGCCCCAGCUGAAGGACCAGAGAAUCCUAUUGCUCCUCCAAAGCCUGAGGCAGAGGAGAAGCCCUUUAUAUGUGUUCAGUGUGGCAAAACCUUCACCAAUACCUCUAACCUGAGAACACACCUACGGAUCCACACUGGUGAGAAGCCUUACAAGUGUUCCGAAUGUGGUAAGAGCUUUUCCCGAAGCUCCAACCGCAUCCGGCAUGAACGGAUCCACCUGGAAGAGAAGCACUACAAAUGUCCCAAGUGUCAGGAGUGCUUUCGGCGGCGCUCAGACCUCACCACGCACCAGCAAGAUCACCUGGGCAAGCGGCCGUACCGCUGUGAUAUCUGUGGUAAGAGCUUCAGCCAGAGUGCCACACUGGCUGGGCAUUAUCGGACCCACCUGGAGCCAGCGCCCUACAUCUGCUGUGAGUGUGGGAAGAGCUUCAGCAACAGCUCCAGCUUUGGAGUGCACCACCGCACCCACACUGGUGAGAGGCCAUAUGAAUGUGCUGAAUGCGGGCGGACCUUCAGUGAUAUCUCCAACUUUGGAGCACACCAGAGGACCCACAGAGGGGAGAAGCCCUACCGGUGCACUCUUUGUGGGAAGCAUUUCUCCCGGAGCUCGAAUCUUAUUCGUCAUCAGAAAACACACUUGGGUGAGCAGAAUGGGAAAGAUUCCAGCUGAAGGGAAGCCGCAGUUAAGAGUGGGAAGAGAGAGUGAGAGACCCAUUCUAGUGGAGGAAGAAGACCUUUAGGAUCUGCUGCUGCCACCUUGAUUUCAAGUGCUUCAUCCCACUUUGGAGAUUGGUUUCCUGUUGCCUCCAAAGCCAGGAUCUCUAAGAAAUCCUGAGAAGGGACUCUGAAUAAAAAUCCUCCCAGGCAAUUUCUUGCCAUAGAAAGUCAGAGAACCCAGUCUUGGCUUCACCUUGUUGGAUGUGAAAGAGAAGUAGGGUAGGCUCCAGACAUGUUCAUGUCAUUGGGUUAGCAGUUCUCUGGCCUUUGAGGAAGCACCUGUGAGAUGGCAUCACUGUCUGAAGUACCUUCAUAUUGUCCAUGAACUGUUUAGGGUACACUGCAGUGGGCUGCUAGAUUCCUACCUGCUGUACCCCAACUCAAGUCGUGCUUCUGGAUCUGGAGGCUGGGAGGAGUGGCCCUUCUUGGAAGGGUCCUUCUUGGCCUGAGAAGAGGUUUGAGGUUCUGUCUUAGGAAUGAAAGAGAAGCCCACUAGAAUCGUCACACUCCCCCAUAUUUGUUACCUAUUAUCCCCACUUCACUCUCCAUCUGUUUCCUUGUGAUGAUUAGCACUUAAUGAUUCAACGAAAAAGACCCAUGGACUGACUUGAAGAGGUGGGGGGUGAGGGAGAGUGUCCCGUGCAGCCAUUCUGGAAGGGAACUGAAUUCUAACAAAGAAAGAUGGGAGCUAGAAUUGUGGCUCAGUGAUAGAGCACUUGUCUUGCAAGUGUGAGGCCCUGAGUUUGAUCCUAGCACCACCUAAAAACAAAUAAAGACAUUGAGUCCAUAUACAACUUUUAAAAAAAGAAAAAAGACAGAUAGGUGGCUCUUCUGAAAAGCAAAGAAAAGGAGGCUGACUGAGUCUUUUAAGUGUUUGAGGAGAAGGGAGAAAGGAAAGGACUAACAUCAAUUGAGUAUUCACUAUAUGCUAUUGAUUCUGCUGGUUACAUCAACAUUCUUCAUUUCAUUUAGUUGUCAGCAGUCCUCAAGGGUAUAAGAUGAGGAAACAGAAGCAAGGUAUAUAGUAGAGUCCAUUUAAACUUGGGCCUCCUUGGCUCUCUACUGAUGCUCUUUUUUUUUUCACUACAUUCACGUUGCUGACCUCUAAAGGAGGAGCCAUGUAGUCGAUAAACCUGGAGAUGGGAGCCGGCGUGGCCUUGUGAUAUGGCUCUGGACUAUUCACUGUGUGGGAAGUCAGUACUAAGCAUGAGACCCUUUUCAACUUUAGAUUAAUGAUUGAGGAUUUCUUCUGUUGCUGGAAAAAUGUCAGUGGCAGGGGUAGAUGUUGAGGGAUGGAAUAAGAUUAGAAAAAUCUUAAGACCCAUAGUAAGUUUGCCAUUAAUAUCAAUAAUUUAUCCCUAAGAUUGGGAAUACAGGGAAUUAUGUCUGGUUUUCUGGCCUUCUGGCUUAGAUCUGGCUUCACAUGGCCUCAGAUGGUUUAGAUUUGGCUUCACAUGAAAGUUUAGUGUUCACCUAGCUUUCCUCUAACAAAUACAAAAUACCCCUAUCUUGAUUUACCCCAUGGUGCUGGAGAUUGAACCCAGAGCCCAACCUAGCCAGGCAAGUGCUCUACGACUGAGCUAUACUCCAGCCUCCAGAUGUCUCUUUCUGUCUCUCUAGUCAGUUUGGGUCCCUGCCUUCCAGAGUAAGGGUUCCUCUCAUUUGUAGCUAAUGGCAGAAUGUGAAUCUGUUGAAACUGAUACACCCAUGACCUGACCUAUCAUGUGGGGUCCCUGCCACUUGUUCAGGGAGAGAUAUGCCAGGAACUUCACAGUCAUCCUCUUACUAAAUUCUCAACCAUUGGAGAAUUAUGCACAUUUAACAAAUGUGGAAACAGGUGGAUAGAAAGUUACUUCCCAAGAUAAAAAAGCAAGUAAUUGUCAGGGCCAGGAACUGAACCUUAUUCUACCCAAAGCCUGUGAUUUUUUUUUUAAGCUGUAGAAAACUUCCCAAAUUAUUCCCUUACAUUUGUAGGAUGAUUUGUAGUUACAAAACACUUUAAUUUCAUAUUCAUUUGUUUUUGAAAAAUCUACACACAAUAUUUUAAACAGUCACCUAAACUUAGACAUGUAAAUUGGCACAUGGCCUUAAUAAUAAAAGUCACCAUCUAUUAAAUGCCUACUGAGUGCCAGUUAUUGUACACCUAUUAUCUAUGAUCUUCAUGCUAUAAAGUAGAAGUGUCUCCAUUUUCAAGAUAAGAAAAUUCUACAAGGUUAAAUGACCUGACUUGGCAGAGCUGGGAUUUAUUUAGGUAUGUUUGAUGCCAAGACCAGGCUCUUUAUCAUAUCCACUGCCAAUCUAGAUCUACUGGUUCCUUCCCAGCCCAGGGAGCUUGGUAUGGUUAACCUUCUAGACCUGGAACCUUAGAAACAACUGCAGUGACUUUUGGAGACUUCUUGCCUUCAGCCCAAUACCAAUGUACCAAGUAUCUGCUUUGAUCUUGGGUCAGGACUUCCUGGCCAAUCUCAUUUGCCCUUUUUUGACCUAGCUCAUUAGCUGUGGUUUCUAUGUUGGUCAGUGCUUUGACGUGUGUGUGUGUGUGUGUGUGUGUGUGUGAACUUCCUUUAUUUUCUCCUUCACAUUUUUCUUUUCCUUUCUUCCUUCAGAAAAUUCUGUUAAACCAAGCAUUUUAUAAGUUUAGAAUCCUUUUCUAGAGAUUAGGAAUUUGGGUGGAGGGGGUUACAUCAUGGCAUGUCACUAGUUUCUUCCCCUCACUCCUCCCACCUUGCCCUUAACCCUUUCCUCCUUUUUAUGGUUUGCCAUAAAAGACUGUGGUGCAUCUUACUACAGCUGGUGUCUUACUAUCAUCAAAGGUAACUUUUUUCUACACAUUUUAACAUCUCUAGUUACAAAUGUUUUUAGAGUGAAUGAAAGAUCACAUUACAGUAGAGAUAUGAGUCAAUAAUGUCAGCAAGAUGGUGAAAUAGGAAGUUCCAGUCACCAUUUUCCCAUAGAGACACCAACUUAACAAUAUACAACCUAAAAUACCUUUUUGAGUUCUUUCAGAAGUAAGGAGCUUCAGACAAACACAAAGCCACGAAAGAAACACUGAAAUGGUAAGAAUCAUUUUGCUUUACCCAAGAUUGCCUUUCUUAUAAGCAGCACAGUUCAGCUUGGGCCAUAGAUUCUUCUGCGAGGGUGAAAGAGAAGGGUGUAACAUACUUUCACUGAAUUUUCAGAGGGCAGCCCGAAGAACUGGUUCUAACCUCACCUAACUUGGAAUGCUGAUGGAAAUGGAACAGUUUGGAUGCCUGGGGGAGCCACUAAAAGCAAGAGAAGUUUGCUGUCUCACCAAAGAGCAUACACUAUGGUACAUGGGUCUUCAUACUCAGUAUGACUGGGAGAAGGUUCUCAACUGCAGCUCCUCCCUGGAGAGGGAGGGAGAAGAGUAGAACGUGUGUCCCAUAUUCAAACAUUUUGAAGAAUUUAUUGGAGUCAACAAAAUUUGGAUGCUUGGGGUUCACCGAGUAAAAAGGAGAACAGAGAAACUGGUUGCUAUAGCACCAGAGAGCCUGCAGCACUGUAGGCAGACACCAGAGGGAGCAAGAGAUUAUUGAGCUCUUGAAAAAGAAACUGGCAGACAUCUAAGAAAUUACAAGCAUAAACCCAGAGAAGUCACAUUCCCCCGCAAAGUAUUCAGAGAUCCUCAGAAUUUAACCACACUGAUUACUGAAGGUUUUUAUUUGUAUGAAGCCAGUCUGUUAAAAGUUUUUUUUUU